AUGGAAGAAAAAAAAUAUAGAAAAUUUACUUAAUUGAAGAAGUCUUUACAUGUUCUUGGUUUUAUUGGAUAAAAGGGAUUUGGAUGUUUUCAAAUUUGUGUUGGAAAUGUAAAUUAAUAUGUAUUUGCUUACUAUUAUUUAAAGCUAAUUGAAGAAGCCAUUAAGUUCUAUUAGAAUCAAUAAUUAUUAAUAAUUAUGGACAACUGUCCUAUUCAUCAUAGCAAUUAUAGAAAAAGUAAAAUUUUUAGUCAAUUUAAUGUUCUGUUUUUGCCAUCAUAUUCACCAUAAUUAAAUCCUAUGGAGGGGAGUUUGGAAUAUCUUAAAAUAAACAAUAUAUAAAUAUUAGCCAGAAAGUUAACACAACAAUGA